CUCCGACAUUCAUUUUUUUCUAAGACUGAUUAGUUAUGGAUCGGAGGGGAGGUUGUUGUAUUUCCCGGUAUAAGCCGGCGAUGGGUUAUGAUACGUUCAAGGUGAACAACAUAAUGUUGAGAUUCCGGCCGAUCGCACCGAAACCGGCGGCCCCUGGGUCUGUUCCCUACGCACCGGCGGUUCAAGAAACUGUGAAGGGUACUCGCCGGAACAAGAGGAGAUAUGUCAGGUCAACUGAGUCAACCGGUAAGAUAAGCAAAAAUAGCGGUAAGAAAAAGAAGGCGGCAUCUCCGGCGCCGGAGAUAGAAAACCAGUACAGCUACGGUAAGACGGAAUCCUGCAGCUCGUCAGUCUCCAGCCUGGAGAGGGACGCCACGGUGGUUACUCUUCCACUUCUGCCGGAGAAACCGGACCGGAAAGAAUCUCCGGCGUCAUCGGAGAUGGUGGAGCGAACCGGAUCGACCGGGUCUAACGGCCCGGUCUGGCUGAGAGAAUGCCACGUGCCGGCGGUGCUGCGAGGUUUGGGGUCGUGGGUGAUUGUGGAAGGCGUGACCGGCACGUGGAAGCUAGACGGUUACAGUCUAGGGCGAAGUGACCGAGAGAAACUGAUGAAUCUGGAACGCGACACGUGUCCGGGGCUCACAUCGGACGACCUCAACAGAGUGACGUGGACUAACUCGGCGUACAGCGAUAUGGUCGGGCUGAAGGGCGGAGCGGCGGCGUGGGUGGUGCUGGGCGACGGGGUACUGCUGCCGGCGACAAAGGAGGCGGCACUCACGUGCAGGGUGAGGGUGGUCACGUGCGGCGGGAAAGAGGAGAGCUACGACAGGCGCGGUGGGUUGGUGGUUCUGUGCGAUGUGUGGCGGAUGGACGGCGGAGGGUUUGCAUGGCGGUUAGAUACUGAGCUAAGUCUGAGAUUAGGGGUUAAUUAAUUUCCGGAUGGUUGACCGUUGACUUACCUUAUAGAGUUGAUGAAGUGAUAGUAUAUGAGAGUUGAAAUGUGUCCAUUGCCAUUCGGGGAGAUGUAUGUAGAAAGGCUUUGUUCACAUCGCACAAACAGAAAAAUGAUAUCCAAGACAAC